AUGUCUAACAUCGAGCUUCCAGGUUCCAUCCCUAACACUCCUAGUAAGAGAAAGGGAACCUACGACGAAACCCCCAUCAAAAUUGAGGGGUCUCCCAUGAAGCCAACUGAAGUCAAAAAUCAUCCUGCCAAGAGGAUCAUGUUGGUGCUAGGGAAAGACCCUGAUUCCAACAUGCAAGACGCAAACCCGGAGAACUUACCUUUCGAUCCGGAAGACAUUGAUAUCAAGCCAGUCAUCCCGAUGCCAAACACCCUCUGUGACUCCUGGGAAAAGAUAAGAGCUCAGUUACUCCGACGUUCCACCCCCCACAUGCGAUUCCGAGCCAUGUGGGACGGGUACGGCCACAACAACAGAACCAAAGAUCACGUCGACUGGCCGAAUGAAUAUAUUAUUCAUCUCUCCCCAACUGACGCGCUCCAGCUCCCGAGCUUCGAUAACCGCUUGCAAGGAGUCUUCUACGGCACUGAAGGCAGAAAUUCAGCCUACGUCUGGCAUCUCAUGCCGAUUUUCAAAGCCGAGGACAAUCACUUUGCCGCACGCUAUCUCAAGUUCAAAGCCCACUUACCUGCCUGCGGCCCAAUCAACCCCAAAGACGACAGUGACGACACCCUCACUAAGUACGCCUUGAAGAUUGACCAGGGAUACGGGAACCAACCUCGUUGGACCGACAUUACCUGCAUGCGAAUCAAACAUAACGGAGAAAAAUUAACGAACCCCAACAACAAUCACUUACCAGGCUUAGUCUGUGGGCACCCGGUCAAACUCGAACUCCUCCCGGCCUGCCAUACAUGCGGCUGUGAAGACCACGACGUCGCCCACUGCCUCUACACCGACCAUCUCUCGGGUGCGCCUUCCAUACCAGAAGAGUCGGAUAACAAGAUCAUGGAAAUCAGCCAUUUUCCUGAACCGAUCUCCAAAAAGAAAAAGAAAGCCAACAAAGCAAUCUCUGAAGUACCCACUAUUGUCCACCACAGUGCCAAGCAGCGUGGAAAUGGUCGUCCAGUGGCUUCUACCUCCCGUGAGUAA